GCCAUGGGACUCGAGGGUGACAGAAGACACAUUUCUUAACUGGCUUGCUCUGAGAACUGAUGCUUGAACCACCUCAGCAUGGCCAGUAGAAGAGGAGGUGGGCAAGGCCAGCCUCCUUCAGUGUCGCCUUCCCCGGGUAGCUCUGGAAACCUUUCCGACGAUAGGACCUGCACCCAUAAUAUAUGCAUGGUGUCAGACUUUUUCUACCCAAACAUGGGAGGCGUGGAAAGCCACAUUUACCAGCUCUCUCAGUGCCUCAUUGAGAGGGGGCACAAGGUCAUAACUGUCACCCAUGCUUAUGGAAAUCGAAAGGGCAUCCGUUACCUCACCAAUGGCCUCAAAGUUUACUAUUUGCCUCUGAGAGUCAUGUACAACCAAUCUACAGCCACGACUCUCUUUCACAGUCUGCCAUUGCUCAGGUACAUAUUUGUUCGGGAGAGAAUUACGAUAAUCCAUUCCCACAGUUCUUUCUCUGCCAUGGCCCAUGAUGCUCUCUUCCACGCCAAGACAAUGGGGCUUCAGACAGUCUUCACAGACCAUUCCCUUUUCGGAUUUGCUGAUGUCAGCUCGGUGCUUACAAACAAGCUUCUAACUGUGUCUCUUUGUGACACAAACCACAUCAUUUGUGUCUCUUACACUAGUAAGGAGAACACUGUACUCAGAGCAGCACUGAAUCCUGAAAUAGUGUCCGUCAUUCCUAACGCUGUAGAUCCUACUGACUUCACUCCAGACCCAUUUAGGAGGCAUGAUAGUGUAAUAACUGUUGUUGUUGUCAGCAGACUUGUUUACAGA